AUGAGGAAGCAGGCGGCUGAGAUUGUGGCUCUUAAGGCAGCGGAGCAGGUGGCAGCGGGAGCAGGGGAGCUGCGCAAGCGCCCUCGCGGCAAGAUGGUGGUGCUGGACGAUGGCCCCUCGCGCUGGCGCCAGCACACCUUCCAUCGCUCCGGUGCCUAUGGUUUCAUCCAGUACAGUGCGUACCGAUUAGAACCGGCCCGCAUCGUGGUGGUGGGGCUGGGUGCUCUCGCUCUGCGCAGCAAGAGGCGGUUGGAGGGGUGCUGGUGGCACAAGAUGGACGGGCACACGGUGAUAAACGGCAAGCUUACACAGAUGGUGAUGGAGGAACAUCACAACUUCCUGUACGAGAUGGUGGUGCUGCAGUGCACAUUGGAGGAGGAGGUGGAGGAGACGGGAGGGCAUCUGCGGAUCUAUAUGGACCGCCAGAUGCUCUACCCUUACCGAGAAGACGUCAAGGAGAGUCUCAAGGCACCAGAGGGCCCACUGCCCUGGCGCAUGGCCUACUGCGGCUCAACAUUGUAUGCGGAGCUAGCAGAGCGCAGCAUGAUCCAGUUCAUCCACUACCACCGCUACGCGGGAGGCUACGACCACUUUGUCUUCUACGACACCAUCGGGCUGCCUGCGUCGCUCAUGGCGAUGCUACAGCCCAUGCUGGACGAGGGGCUCGUGUCUGUCUCCGACUUCACCCAGUCGUACCAGUACGACUCCUGGUUCUACUCCCAGGCAGUGGCGAUGCAUGACUGCAUGUAUCGCAUGCGUACACAGGCCGACUGGGUAGCCUUUCACGAUCUAGACGAGUACCUCGUCGUGCCGCCACCCGCAACCCUCCCAACCUUCCUCCACCGCUUCGAAUCCCUCCCGUACAUCACACUCGGGACCUACGUGUUCUCGGCGCAUAUAUGCGAGGAGGACGGGCCGGAGGACGUGUGGAGCGACGAGGAGAAGCGGUUUGCGGUUGAGAGAAUGCUGCAGCGGCGGAAGAAUCCGUAUUGCCUAAGAGGGGAGGAUGAUCCCAAGGUGUGCAUCGACUACUUCGGGCACAGGAAGAUGUUUGUUAACCCCCGCAAGGUGGAGGCGGUAUAUGUUCACAAGACAGACAAACCAAGCACCGGCGGGGUGGAUCUGAGCACCGACGAGAUGUACUUCGCUCACGUGCGCUCCGUCAACGGCAAGGACGUUGCCUGUCGCCCGCCCACGGACGCGGAGAACGACAUCCCUGCUGACGACCGCGAGCGCUACACUCUCCUGGCUGAGAUUGCCGCACGAGCUCGGGAGUGCGCUCAGGACGGCUUCAGCAAUAAGUUCCUCUGCAAGCCCAGAGCCACGCGCUAG